GGGAUGCACUGACGCUGAGCCCACUACGUCACUUCCCUUUUAAACAUGGCCGCGCACUGACAAAUGUCACAUUACUGCUCCUGCUGAAAACAUACAGUUAUCAACGUUAACUAUAUCAUCUGUCCAGCAAUUAAAAAGAAGGCGACACAAGAUUUUACUUUACUUCGUCCAACAUCUGCGGGAUAAUCCAGCCAACAUCAUGGUGCAUUUAUCAUCACUCCUGCUAAAGAAAUACCAUGGGGGUUACGUUGUCCUACGAUUGGCUCUUGCCGGCCACAAACAAGCUAACAGACCCUUUUAUCGCAUUGUUGCAGCUUACAACAAAAGGGCAAGAGAUGGUAAAUAUAUAGAGCAGCUGGGUUCCUAUGACCCCCUCCCUAACAUAUACAACGAGAAACUUGUCAGCUUCAAUUUCGACCGAAUCAAGUACUGGAUCGGCUGUGGCGCACACCCUACAAAGCCAGUGGCCAAACUUCUAGGGUUGGCAGGAUUUUUCCCUCUGCACCCAAUGAUGAUAACUGAGGCAGAGCGUCGAAGAGCCCAAACGGAGCUGACAGCAACAGGAGCAGAAGAUGGUCCGCGGGAGGGACAGAAUGUGGAUUAAGUGUGAGAACUAAAGCUGGGGACCUUAUCUGACUGUACAAAAGGAUGUCGCAAUUAUUCGGACAGAAAACUGAUCGAUUUCUUGUUGGGUGGACUGCUGGGUGGACUGCUUCUAGCAACAUCAGAUAUGACAUAUGGUAGUUAUAUUGCUUUAGUAGCAGAUAUGAACAAUUUAUAUAACACUGAUUCUCAAUAAAGUGUGCCAUAAAAGGCA